AUAAAACGUCUGUUCAAGUAUUCCAUUGUGUUUUUAUUUUUGUGUGUUUUUUUUAACUUCAAAAAUUAAUGGCAGCUUAGCAAGUGUAAAUCGGAAUAUUUCAGCGUAAAACAUGACGGAGCUUACCCAGGAGCAGUUAGAAGACUUGCGAAGAGCGUUUGAUCUAACUCAAGAUUCGGGAGUUGUCGACCAAUAUGGGGCAAAGAAAAUGCUACAGAUCUUUAACAUGAACCCAACAACUGAAGAUGUUGCGAAACGCUAUCUUGAACACAAUAAAAAUGAAAGUUCCGGACUAACAUUUGAAGAGUUUGAGAACGUGUUUCAUGACUAUCUCGUUGAACAUCCUAAAGUUCCCGGCGCUCUUGAGAAGACAUUGACUGACCUAUUUGAUGGACAAAUUAACAAGUCCGAGCUAAGAAAGAUUUUAACGGAGAUGGGAUCAGAACCUUUUGAACCAGAAGAAGCCGAUGAAGUUAUUAACGAGAUAAACUUUGAUGAAAAUGGAACUAUUUCACAGGAAACGUUAAAAGAGUUUCUUCUAAACCGAGUGAAAAUGAGGCUUCCAAGUGUACAAACGGAACAAGAGAACGGACGGCUCGGACAAACUGAAAAUGCACCAACAACCAUUGAAGAUGAUAAUGAAUUUUAAGUAAACUGUUAAUUCCGCAAACUAAUUUGACGACGCUACACAUAUAUUGACAUUUAAAUAGCAUUGUGUUGUCUACAUCAAGUAAUAUACAUGUAUGUCAUGAACCUGACUGCAAUAAUUUUAUCGAAUGCAGUAACAUGCUUUUAAACAAAAUAUUCAUUUGGUUUGUAUAUUGAGGGUAGACCGCAAAACCGUUGUUAGUCUUUCUUUACUUUUUAUAUACUUACUGCAAUUUAACGGUCACCCCUAUGCCUUCAUUAUCGUACUUACAAAGAAAACUGAUAAAAGUUUAUAUAA